GAUAGAACACGUCUUCGUUGUGGCUGUCUGACGCUGUUCAGCCAUUUUGGGUAGGUUGUUCGACGACGAGCUGCUAGCUACCACACGACAACACCAGGCCGAAUACUUCAACCGAACAAAAGCCGUUUUACAAAAAACAUCGUUAAAUAUGGGUCCACCAGGAGACAACCCACGUCAUGUGUCCUCUGAAAGAACGGAGGAUUUCAGUUGGUUUGUCAAUUUAUCUUGACAUGGCAUGCAGGUUAGUUGGUGGUUGUGACGACUGAAGAAAACCACGAAAAACAAGCGCAGAUAGCUAGUUAAUACCUCAACUUCAGUGCGUGAAAGAGAUUUUGAACACGUUUGUUGUUGGCUGUAAAAAAUCUAGUUGGUUCUCUCGACGGGAAUCCUAAACAUCAUGAUGAUAUUGAAGCAAAAUGUCAUUUAAAAUGCAGAGAGACAACAGUUAAGAUAGCCAGUCAACCGGACAAGUCAUUCGACAUUAAAUACCAAGCAAGCCAGACAGAACUCGGCUUAAAUGUAAAACGAAAGAUGACUGUCAGCUAGUUAGUUAACUAACCGCACGACAUAGGCCUCAAUUACGUCAAGUAGUAAAAAGAUGUAGCUAGCUAGUUGGCCCACUAACUAGUUAGUGUUGAAGUGUAUGCUGCUUAGCCUAGCUAGCUCAUGUUAGCUAGUCAGCUAAAAUACUCCGUCACUAUGAGUAUCGACAAUGGAAGUAAACAAGGCCGCGGGCCAGUUCAAUGGCAGUAAGCCCCGAGAUGUCAAGCUACGCUGUAAACUUUAACGUUGUAACUUGGUGCCAACAUCUUCUGGCAUCCACAUUUACUUGCCAUGAUGGUUUUCUAUACCCCCAGUCAUUCAGCAGCACUUUCAUAACGCGGUCUCUGCAGAGAAAUACACAAACGGCGUCAGUCAUGGACGAAGCUUUGAGUUUGAGAAGACACGAAUAGAAUUGUCUGCUUUUUAGUUUGUGUAAUAAUCUUCUAUUUCACUAGCGAGAAUUAGUGUCGGUAUGGGUUUUGGAAAUGGCUAUCCUUUCUGUUAGCAGUUGUCAGUAACAUAAAGAAAAAGUGCACCUAAAUGCGAUUUGCUCAUUUGUUUUCACUAGGCCAAUGAUGUGUUGAAUUAAAGUUCCUUUGGCCUGUAUUCGAAUGUCAUACUUUUAAUCACAUGGCUUCUUGAGUAAUUAAUAAAACAAAUGUAGCCAAAUAUUGAUUAAGAACCCCCCUCCUGAGCAUAUCCAUUUAAAUACAUUUAAAAUGACAUAGCUUGAUAUUUCAUUUGUUUCCUCCUUCAGUUAGUUAUUUCGAAAGAGCUAGUGUAGAAUAAUUAGAUUUCUCGUUUCUGUAAAGGGUAGCUAACUAGCUACAUUUCUCUCAAGUAAAUAGACAACUCGAAAGUAUAGUCAAAAUAUUCUGUAAAAGAGAAGACACUAGCACCAAAAUCUAAUAAUGGGGGACCCAACCUGGAGAAGAAACCAAACUAGAGAUAGACUCCGUGCUCAGAUUCGAAAGAAAAGGGAAUCUUUGGCUGACCAGUUUGACUUCAAGAUCUACGUAGCCUUUGUGUUCAAAGACAAGAAGAAGAAGUCUGCACUGUUUGAGGUAGCUGAAGUGGUACCAGUGAUGACCAACAACUAUGAAGAGACUAUCCUGAAAGGUGUGCAGGAUUCCAGCUACUCCCUCCAGAGUUCCAUAGAACUAAUGCAAAAAGAUGUUGUGCAGUUACAUGCCCCACGCUACCAGUCAAUGCGCAGGGAUGUCAUAGGGUGCACCCAGGAGAUGGACUUCAUCCUGUGGCCGCGCAACGACAUAGAGAAGAUAGUCUGUCUCCUGUUCUCCAGAUGGAAGGGGGCCGAGGACGAACCCUUCAGGCCUGUUCAGGCCAAGUUUGAGUUUCAUCAUGGAGACUACGAGAAGCAGUUGUUGCAUGCUGUCGGCCGGAGGGACAAGGCUGGAAUGGUUCUGAACAACCCCACUCAGUCCGUUUUCCUCUUUAUGGACCGACAGCACUUACAGACUCCUAAAACCAAGGCCACCGUUGUCAAGUUGUGCAGCCUUUGCCUCUACCUGCCCCAGGACCAGCUAACGUGCUGGGGCGUUGGCGACAUCGAGGACCAUCUCCGCCCGUACAUGCCUGACUAGGGCCAGCCUGCCUCCAUGGCUUCCACCCACAACACAGAAGACUAACCCCCCAA